UUACGCGUCCAUUUGGGUUAAAAAAUCCUUGUUUUUGUUCUUGUUCCUCGGCGACAUUGAUAAAAUCCCAAAAUUUCGUUGUGAGCUCCUGAUUUUAAAAACCCUAAUUCCUAAAUUUUGUUGUACUUCUUUCUCCGAUCUAUCUGAUUUUCCUCGUUUGUGUUAAUCAGAUCUCCGAUUCACUUCUCUUUAUAUUAUGCGCGCACCUUGUUGUUCAUCGUAAUUUUAUGACAAUGAUUUUCUCGAAGCUUGCACGCUCCGUCGCUCGAUCCUCUCGUUCUAGGGGUUCAUUGUACGGUGGUGGUGUGAGAUCGGCGAUUCUGAGCGAGGGGAAGCUGCAACCACUGCCGGGUCUGGAGGCGGCAGUCAAUCGGGUGGAUGGUGGAUUAGGGUUUCUGAGACAGCAAUUUGCUUCUUUAGCUGCUCGGAAGGGCUUGAUUGGCGGUGAUUUAAGCGGUGUUCUUGCUAACCCUAGAAUUCGUCGGUUCUUCUCUAGUGAAGCCCCUAAGAAGAAGAAUUACGAGAACUAUUACCCGAAAGAGACAAAGCGAACCUCCAAGAAUGAAAAGAAAUCCGAGUCUGGAGAGGAUUCUAAAAAGAGUGAGAAUGAGAAUUUUGGGGAUAUGUUCACGAAGGAGUUCCAAAACAUGUUACUUCCUCUGCUGGCCAUUGGCCUAAUCCUUUCUUCGUUUUCGCUUACUUCUCAAGAACAACCACAGAUCACUUUCCAGGAAUUCAGAAACAAGCUUCUUGAGCCUGGCCUAGUGGACCACAUUGAAGUUACCAAUAAAUCAGUAGCCAAAGUCUAUGUAAGGAGCUCACCAAAAAAUCAAACAACUGAAGAUGUUGUCCAAGGACCUGGUAAUGGAAUUUCAUCUAAAGGUCAUAGUGGUCAGUACAAGUUUUAUUUUAAUAUUGGGAGCGUUGAAUCUUUUGAGGAGAAACUCGAAGAAGCCCAAGAAGCAUUAGGCAUUGAUCCUCACGACUAUGUACCUGUCAAAUAUGUCUCUGAAAUGGUCUGGUACCAGGAAUUGAUGAGGUUUGCACCGACAUUUCUUAUCUUGGCAUCUCUUAUGUAUGCUGGGAGACGGAUGCAAGGUGGAGUUGGUUUAGGGGGAACCGGUGGAAAGGGUGGUCGUGGAAUUUUCAGUAUAGGGAAAGCACAAAUAACGAGAGUGGAUAAGAAUUCAAAGAACAAGAUAUAUUUUAAAGAUGUUGCUGGCUGUGAAGAAGCAAAGCAAGAAAUCAUGGAGUUUGUGCAUUUCCUUAAGAACCCAAAGAAAUAUGAAGAACUGGGAGCAAAGAUUCCUAAAGGUGCGCUUUUAGUUGGUCCCCCUGGGACAGGAAAGACUCUUCUAGCAAAAGCUACAGCGGGGGAAUCGGGGGUUCCCUUUCUGUCGAUAUCCGGUUCAGAUUUCAUGGAGAUGUUUGUCGGUGUUGGACCAUCCAGGGUAAGAAACUUGUUCCAAGAGGCUAGACAAUGUGCCCCUAGCAUAAUAUUUAUUGAUGAGAUCGAUGCAAUUGGUCGGGCAAGAGGCCGUGGGGGUUUCUCGGGUGGAAAUGAUGAGCGCGAAAGCACCCUUAAUCAGCUUCUAGUUGAAAUGGAUGGUUUUGGUACAACUACUGGUGUUGUUGUGCUUGCUGGUACCAACAGACCUGAUAUUCUCGACAAAGCUUUGCUAAGGCCUGGUCGGUUCGAUCGUCAGAUCACUAUCGAUAAACCUGAUAUUAAAGGCCGUGAGCAGAUAUUCCAGAUAUACUUAAAGAAGAUAAAACUCGAUAACGAACCGUCUUAUUACUCUGAAAGGCUUGCAGCCCUGACUCCGGGAUUUGCCGGAGCUGACAUUGCGAAUGUCUGUAACGAGGCAGCUCUUAUUGCCGCAAGACAUGAAGGAUCAACUGUUACCAUGGAGCAUUUUGAAGCUGCUAUUGAUCGUGUUAUUGGAGGUCUAGAGAAGAAAAACCGGGUGAUAAGUAAGUUAGAGCGCCGCACGGUUGCUUAUCAUGAGGCAGGACAUGCGGUGACCGGGUGGUUUCUGGAACACGCUGAACCAUUGCUGAAGGUAACGAUUGUUCCCCGAGGUACAGCUGCUCUCGGGUUUGCUCAGUACGUUCCGAACGAAAAUCUCCUCAUGACAAAGGAGCAGCUCUUUGACAUGACUUGCAUGACCCUUGGCGGCCGUGCAGCUGAACAGGUGCUGAUUGGGAAAAUCUCGACGGGAGCUCAGAAUGAUCUGGAGAAGGUGACGAAGAUGACGUAUGCGCAAGUGGCGGUGUACGGAUUCAGCGAAAAGAUCGGGUUGCUGUCGUUCCCGCCGCGGGAAGAAGGGUUCGACUUCUCCAAGCCGUACAGCAACAAAACGGGAGCCAUGAUCGAUGAGGAGGUCAGGGAAUGGGUGAGCAAAGCGUACGAGCGGACGGUGGAACUGAUCAUGGAACACAAGGAGCAAGUCGCUCAGGUCGCGGAGCUCCUGCUCGAGAGGGAGGUCCUUCACCAGGACGACCUCGUCAAAGUCUUGGGAGAGCGGCCCUUCCAGUCGAUGGAGGUUACCAACUACGACCGCUUCAAAUCUGGGUUCGAGGAGUCGGACAAGCCGGCGAGCCAUGAGGGCUCCUCGUCGGCUCCGGUGGAGGACAGCGGAGGCGCGCCGCCGCUUGAACCGCAGGUGGUUCCUACAUAGGCUGGUGAGGAGAGGGUCCCCCUGUUGUUUACCCUUUUGUACAUUUGAUACAAGUCCAAUAAUUUAGCACUCGCUUCAGUUAUCGUUCCCCUCUUCUUAAUUAUGUUUUUUCGAAAUAAUUUUUUUUUUCUCUCUUUGACUGACUACUGCUCUUGUGAGGAUUUCUAUUAAAUCCGGUGAUCUUUUCGAUUCGGUUC